AAUCAUACCUGGUCCAAGCGUACAUAGACAUAUAUUUUCUUUCUUGCAAAAAACAACAAAAAUACAAUAAUAAAUAUUUAAAGGCAAUUAAAAUAACAAAAAGGAUAUCAUUACGGGCAUAUUAGAAUUUUAACAUUUUAUUCCAUUCUAUAUGUUAACAAAUAACAAAGUUAUAGUUGUUUGUGUGUAAAGCUCUUGAGAGGAAAGGUCUUAUGUAGCCUUGCUUUGGUGGUGUAUGAAAUUGAAUUACUUUUGUGCCGAUUAAAAAAGAAAUGUGAAAAAAGAGGUUGAUUUUUGGAAAGGCUUAGCAAAAAAAAUCUUUGCAAUGGCAGCUCCACAGCAAUAUUCCCUUAGAUGGAAUAACUAUUUUCGACAUCUCACCUAUGCGUUGGAUAAUCAUCGGGUCAACGAUGAUUUUGUCGAUGUUAGCCUUUUAUGUGAUGGACGAAAAAUAAAGGCUCACAAAGUGGUAUUAUCAGCAUGUAGUUCUUAUUUUAAGGAGAUUUUCACAGAAAAUCCCCACCCGCAUCCGGUGAUAAUUUUUAAGUUUAUAAAAUUCGAGGAUCUCAAUUCAAUAAUAGAGUUUAUGUACCAGGGCGAAGUUAAUGUCCAACAAGAGGCAUUGCAAUCAUUCUUGCAAACGGCAGAACUGCUGGCAGUCCAAGGCUUAACGGCUGAAGAAAAGGAAAAGCCCAAGCCGCCAACACCUGUGAUUGACGAUGAAAAGCUGCUAAAGUCCAUACCCAGUACUAUACGUGCUGUAAAUGACAACGCAACGGCGACGCAACAAACCAUCGACAUACCACUCCUGCAGCCCACAACACAACAAUUGCAAAUGCCUGCCCUGCAAACACAAACCACUGUACAAAAUCCCUCACAGCAUCAACACCACCAUAUUCAAACGCAAGUACAGCACAUACAAAUCCAUCAGAAUACUCAGUCCACCGGUAAUACACAUCAAGUGACCACACACCAAGUUACCACAGCAACGGGGACUGGUCACCAGCAGCAACAUAUACAGUUACAGCACACUCAUGCCCCCCAACCGCAUCAGCAGCAGCAACAACAAACGCAAAACCAGCCAGUUCAAGUGACCACUCAAACGGGCACCUUAGGCACCAGUAUUGUAACACUUCCUGCCGCUGCCACCACAACGGCGGGCACCAUGAAAAAAAGAAAAAUCACUUUUUCAGAUGAUGAUGAUAAUAUUUACACCACAGAAACUGUUGAUGAACAAACUAUAGUUAAGACUGCUGAUAUUAACCUGCUAAGGGGUGCCAUAAAAAUGGAUAUACCUGAGUACAUAGUUGGUGAUGUGGAUGAUCGUCUCUCUGAUGGUGGUGGAACGCCAGUCAAUAAUCAAGAUUCUGGAAAUGGCGGGCAAAAUGUAACGCAAUACACAUCCGAAUAUGAGAUAUUAACUGAAUCCGAAAUCGAAGAGAAAUAUCAGCACUCGGAUAAUGCUGAAAUCACUAUAGAAAUGGGACGUCUUUUAAAUCAAACAGCGGGCAGUGGUGCACCACAUCCCUUGGAUGACACAAAUUCCAGUUCGAAUGCUCUACUUAAAUCCGAUAAUAAAGGAGGGAGUACAACAGAUUUACCCAAUAAUAAAUGGACAGAAUGUCAAUUUUGCAAAAUGGUCAUAACAACGGUUAAUCUUUGGAGACAUAUUCGAACACAGCAUACGCCGCAACCACCGCGUAAAUGUGAACUUUGCAAUAAGAAUUUCAAAAACAAAUAUAGUCUGCGCGAACACAUACGAAUUUCCCAUGAACAAAAGUUGGGCCUGAAACCGGAAAACUGAUCAAUAGUCAAAGAAUGUAAAUAUUUCAUAUUAAGAAGCUAGUCGUCCACAUUUUUAGCAACAAUGCCUGCAUAAGCACCUCAACUCACAUACACACACACACACAAAACACAUCACAAAUCUCCCCACAGAUUAUAUACAUAGAGAUAAGUCCAUAAAAGAAAAUGCCAUGGCAUUAGGAAACUGUAUGGUUUCCUAAAAACAAAAUCCUUUGGACAACAUUGUUAAUGUAGUAAUUCAUACAUAAUUAUAAAGAAACCAAAACUGAAUAUUUUUUAGAUAAUUUAAGUUAUUCAUUUCUUAAGUAGUUACCUACCAAGCCUAACAUAAGAAGUACAUAGAUGUAUAUUGUAUACAUGUAUAUAUACAUAUAUAUUCUUACGUAUAUGGUAAUUUUGUUUAACUAAAGUUAAGCUAGACUUAACGUAUUACCUUUCUACUCAACCCCAACUCUAUCUAAAACAUAAGCAUUAUCUUAGGGAAGUAGUAGAAAAUCAAACAAAAUUCAUUUUAUAUACAAAUUUGAAAUUAUGUAUAGAAUUACAGACCCACACACACCUGGCAUCACUGAAAACAAACAGCCACAUUUAGAACCACACACAAAAAACAUGGAAUUUAUUUGUACUAAUUUUGGAUUACAUGCAAACAGUUGGUAGAUUGUUGUAAAUAAAUUUGCAAUGUUUUAAGAUAUUAUAAUUUGUAAAUUUGUUGUUAAUAACAUGUGAAGUUGGACCUGUAUGACCGACCGACCGCAUUCAUUUCAAAGCUCCACCAUCCCCCCCUCCCCCAAUUUUAAAUAGAAUUUGAAAUUCUAUAAGCAUAUAUAACCAACCAUACCUACACACGUAUAUAUAAAAAUAUAUUUAGUAUUUCAUGGAUUAAAAUAUAAAAAAAGAACAAUUAAUUUCAUUUAAUUUAUAAAUUAUUCAAAAUAAACAAAAUGCUGAUUUUCCCUAAA